ACCAUCAUUCUGAUCGGAACAUAACUCCGAGUUGUGCUGUGAGGUGAACCUUUGUCACAUCCACCUCUGGUUUGAAACAUUUAUCAAUCCCUAUUUCAAUGUGUUAAUCUUAUCGCAGCCAUGAUACGCACAUAUCUAUCGCUCCUCAUUAUCGCGCCUGAAAAACAUUUAAUUCACUUGUUCGCGGCCCAAUAGUUUACCAGAUUUCUAAGCGGUCGUUGUGAUGAGUAAAUUUGAUCCAAGCGUGCUUAUUGUGGGGGCCGGUGGAGCUGGCAUAGCUGCUGCUACUCGGCUGCUUGAGCGAGGAUUCCGAAAUCUAACGAUCCUGGAAGCAGAAAACCGUAUCGGAGGACGCAUUCAUUCCGUGCGGCGAGGCACAAACGUGCUGGACUAUGGCGCUCAAUGGGUGCACGGAAAGGAAAACAAUUUCAUCUACGAUAUGGCUUCGAAGUAUGGACUGAUCGAGAUAGAGCAGCACAAGGAGAAUGAAUUGUAUUACAAAUCUAAUGGCGAACCGGUACCAAAGGAAGCGUCCGAUCGGGUGAUCGAUACCUUGCACACUUUGCUGGAGGAUGUAAACUCUUUGCAAACGUUCUCUGGAUCGCUUGGAGCAAACUACGAUAAAGUGUUCUAUGAUGCUGUACGUGCUGGAAAGUUUGCCGGUAUAGAUCAGCACACCUGUUACCAGUUGUACCAGUUCUUUGUCAAGUAUCACAACACGUACAAUGCGACCGAUACGCUGCACGAGGUGUCCGGAGCUGGUUUGCUAGAGUUCGAAGACAAUCAGGACGAGUUUUUGAUUAAUUGGAAAAAUCGAGGAUUUCAUACGCUGCUUGAUUUGCUGAUGCGUAAGCUUCCUGAACAGAGCGACGCACCUAUAAUGGUAGAAGAGUACACUAAGUUUAAUCAUGUCGUUAAGUCGAUUCAAUGGAAUACACAGUCAAGUAGCCGUCCAGAAAACCCGCACCAUCGUGUUUCUGUAACGUGUACAAACGGUGCCACAUUUAGUGCCAACCACCUCAUACUGACCGUAUCGCUCGGUGUACUGCAGGACAUGCACACGCUCUGGUUCGAUCCUCCGCUGCCCGAUCCGAAGCGUAACGCCAUCGAAGGCCUCUACAUCGGUACGAUCGACAAGAUGUUUCUGGAGUUUGAAGAACCGUUCUGGCCACAGGAUAACAGCUGGCAUGGGUUCGGUUUGCUGUGGGAAGCGAACGAUCUCGAACAGCUGCGACUCGACGGUCGCCAAUGGUUGGAGAGUGUGUGCGCCUUCUUCGUGCCGGAUCGCACCGAACGGUUGCUGGUUGCGUGGAUCUACGGCCAUGAUGCACGUGUAAUGGAAGCACUUCCCGAGCAGACAGUAAUAGAUGGGUUGAUGUUCUUGUUGCGUAAAUUUCUGCCACAUUUCUCGGUGCUGGAAGCUCCACGCUGGUUUUCGCGCAGUCGCUGGUACAAUAAUCCACACUUCCGGGGCUCUUACAGCAGUCGUUCGAUGAAAUCGGAUGCAAUGCGAGCAACUGCAGCAGAGCUAGCAGAACCACUGAUCGCUGCAUCCGACCACGCACCGAUCGUACAGUUCGCUGGAGAAGCAAGCCAUCCACAGUUGUACUCAACCGUGCAGGGUGCGGUUGCUAGUGGUUGGCGUGAAGCGGAUCGUUUGAUCGAUCUCUAUCGAACUUCGAACAGUAAAAUGCCACCUUUAUUGGGGAAGCUGUAAACCUCGCAGCCAUGCUGGCUUCUCAGUGGUGUAGGGACGAACACUGUCUGUUGUGCGGGCUCCGCCGUGCACCAACCAGCCGCGAAGUUUGCUGGUCUCCCGGUGCCGCCAGACACCGAGCAACAAGAUUGCCCGCCGAUUGUCGCCGCUCUACGGUGUCUUCACCGACAGGGUUCUAAGAUUAGUUUUUUGUUUAAAGUUUUAUUGAAGACAUUUUUUUAUUCAAGUGAUCGAUUCUGUUGGCGAUUCCUACAGUUACACUCUACGAUACAACCACCGUAGAUAGAUGUACUGCCUAUGGUUGUCCCUUAAUGCACAUUUCCCCCUCUGUGUGGGUUAUGCCGGUGUGUCCCUUAGGAUGCUAUUGAUUCUUCGUUCGAAUAAAGAGAUAAAAGAUGAUUCUAUCACCUUCUGUACGGUUGAUAGAGGGCGGAGAAAGAAGAGAUGUGCUUUUUGUGUUUUGCUUCCCAUCCAUCGGUCACUACAUAGAACAUUCUCUAUAACAAUGUACGUG